AUGUCGGGUGUCCACUACAAGUUCUCCUCCAAGCUGAGCUACGACGUGGUCACGUUCCGUGGCCACAGCAUCUCCUGUGAGCUCAAGCGCCAGAGCAUGGCCCAUGAGAGGCUGAAGGCAGCCAACUGUGACCUGCAGAUCCUCAAAGCUGAGACCAGUGAAGAAUACUCCGAUGAUGCCCAGAUCCCAAAGAGCAUCUCAGUUAUUGUGAAGAGAGUCCCAGCUCGAGCUAUGUGA